UCGUAUGUUGCAGUAAUUCACCUAGCUAUUUCCUGGCUGUUUCCAAGGCAAGGUUCAAACCUCCUUGCUGUUUCUGAGAUCUCAGUCGUCUGGAGAGUUUGGUGAUAGCCGGACCUGAAUCGCUGUGCUCCAGUACUACCUACAAGUUCAUUCCCACCGAAGGCAGUUCUUUUCCAGUCUAGAAAACAUUCAUUUCUGUCUUAAAGAUGAGCACGGAAAAGCUCCUGAUUGACAGUGACGGUUCUUUUGGCCGCCGCCCAGCAAACGUCCCCUUCGGUUCGCUGUUCCAACUUGUUACGGCGAUCCUGUCCGUGAUCACCAUCGUUCUCGUGAUCCAUGGAGGCAUGCGACUGGCCACCCAAGACCGGGAACUCUCGACUCUGAAGACGGCCGUGUCCGACUACCAGAAGGAAGUGUUGGCCAUGAAGGCACACCAGGAAGCUAGGAAGGACGCGGAAGUAACGUUUCUCAGAGAGAGGGUCGUGGCUCUAGAAGCUAAACUCACAAGCAGCACCUCAGCAAACGGGGAUAUAAACCUACAGGCGGAACUUGGAGACCAAAUUGACCCUUCUGUGACCGAGACUACAGAUGAUGGCGCCACCUGGCGACCUGGGGCGGUACAUCACCAGAGAGCAAAGAGGGCGGCAAGCUCAGUGACUUUCCCGGCAGGUGCGUGUUUGCAAGGCCCACCCGGUAUCCCUGGCAGAGACGGUCGGGACGGAAUGCCUGGGCGCGACUGCCCCUGUAGAGCAAAAGAUGUUGACGAGUGUGCCAGCAACCCUUGUCAGAACGGUGGAACGUGUACCGACGGGCUGAACCGCUACACGUGUGAGUGUGUGGCAGGAUUUACAGGAGACAACUGUGAAACAGCACCAUUGACAUGUCCGAGCGGCUACGUCCAGUUCCGAGACAAGUGCUACCAGUUUUCCACCACUCAGAAACAGUACAACGACGCCAAGGCUGUCUGUCUGGCCGCGGGAGGUCAUCUGGCGGUCGCCAAAGACGAGGCGACCGACAACGUCCUGGUCAGCGAGAUACGGCAACGGGGCAGUGCCGACACGUGGAUGGGGAUGAGUGACCAGGUACAGGAGGGGCUGUGGGUUUGGGAGGACGGCAGUGUUCUCACCGGUUGGAGUAACUGGUCAACGGGCCAACCUGACGAUGGCUCGUCUACCGAAGAGUGUGCCCAUUGGUAUCCUGGCUAUAACUUUAAGUGGAAUGAUGACCAAUGUUAUCACUCUAAAUAUUUCAUCUGUGAGGUAAACGCAAGCUAGAUCAUACCUUGGUGUAAACGUUUGGC